AAUGAUGAGAUCUAGCCACAGUACUUCAUCGCCCGAAUCCUGAAGGAACCAAAAGGCGAAACAGCGAAAAAACGCUUCCUUCGCGGUGGCCGAGAUUUUGUAGAGCGGCGGCCGGUGAUUCUCCAGUGGGUGAUUGACGGCGUCAGGUGGUGGUUCGGCGGUCGUCCUCUUCCGGCGAGAGGGUGGGCGUUAAGGCCGGUCACAGCGAGAGAAAAAGCAGUCCCGGGAAUGGGUUUGUGGACAUUACUUGAAGGCCUUUUGCUUCUUGCCAAUGCUCUUGCAAUAUUGAAUGAGGACCGUUUCUUAGCUCCCAGGGGCUGGGGCUUCCAAGAAUUUCCAGGCGGGAAAGCGAAAUCAUUAAAAGGACAGGUUAUAGGUCUCAUUUAUGCAACACAGUACUUAAGGGUUCCCCUUAUUAUCUUAAACAGCAUUUGUAUAAUCAUAAAGCUGGUCUCUGGCUAGUAUCUUGUGGUAACCAUACCCUAUGAGAAGCUUAAUUGGUAUGUCCUUCCUCACAUAUGUUGUGCCUGUAACAUCUAUUUUUCCUCUCUUUUUUUUGAAUUUGCACUGUGAAGAACAGAGUUUUAGAGAAGAUUGGGCUAUGUUUUUUAUCUCUAGGGGGUGAUGAUGGUGAAUAGUACAGUUCAUUAGUCAUUUACAAUGGAAGAAUGUGCUCAUUUGACGAUGUUGAUGUUUAUUGCUUUUCAUUUGAUUGUAUUGAACUUGUGAAGGAAUGCAUUUUUUGAGGUAGAAAAAUUUUG